AACUAAAUUCAACUCAUUAAAAACAACUUUUUUUCAUUUUAGUUUUCUUUUCUACAAAACGUCAAAAUUUAAAAACAAAAAAAUCAAUUUCUUUGCUCCAAAAAUGUCAUUCGAAGAAAACAAAACCAAUUCAUCUAACGACAACUUGGAUAUUCGCUCAAUUCCACCAAUUGAAGAAAAUGAAAAAAAUGAAAUACCCAUCACAAAAUCAGUUUCCAAGCAUUCGAUUGACCAAAACUGCCCCGAACAAAACAAAAUCAAUUCAUGUAACGACAACUCGGAUAUUCGUUCAAUUCCACCAAUUGAAGAAAAUGAAAAAAAUGAAAUACCCAUCACAAAAUCAGUUUCCAAGCAUUCGAUUGACCAAAACUGCCCCGAACAAAACAAAAUCUAUUCAUGUAACGACAAUUGCAACGAUAUUCUCUCAAUUCCACCAAUUAAAGAAAAUGAAAAAAAUGAAAUACCCAUCACGAAAUCAGUUUCCAAGCAUUCGAUUGACCAAAACUUCCCCGAACAACAAACAAAAAGCAUAUCAAGUUUUCCAAAACCGCCUUCCUUAGUUUCAUCAAACAGCUCCUUGGAAUCGCAAAUACCACCUCGCCUAAAAUCAUCUGAUUCAACUGAUAUCUUGGCUCUAGAAAAAGAAUAUGAAUCUCUUCAGAUGGCUUUCUUUGCUCUAACCUCACAAUUUGCGAAGGUUCAAUUUCGAUUGAGGCAAAUAAUUCAAGCUCGGCCCGAUGAACGGGACAAUUUGCUGGCCGAACUUACUUAUGUUGCUUUUUGUGGAAUGGACGACGAAACUGAAUUGGCCAACAGUAUGCCUCAGAUGAAGAAAGAUCUACAGUCAAUGGGUAAUAUUCGGAGACGUCAGGGAUAUUUAAUUGAUCGAUUGCGUUCUCAGUUGGAACAACUCUCCGAAAAAUGUUGUUGUCGAAAGAAGUCAGUGAGGAUUUGCGAACACACCAAGGGCGAACACACCGAGGAGUAAAGUUUAAAAAAAAAGACGAAUAAAUUAUUUCAAUGGAAAUUAAAAACCUCUAUUUUUU